AACAGGCACUAAAGCACAUUAGUUAAAGGGUCUGAAAAGUUAAAGGGACUCAGCCUCCAAAAGCGAACAACAGUAAACCAACAUGUUGGCGUCACGGGCAUUGCUGGCAAAACAGGUGGCAGCUGUUCUUACAAGACAGCCCGUCUGCCUUGUCCACCAGUCAGGAGACUGGGGAAACUGGGGAAACACCAAUGUUGCUUUGGUGUUUUCUGGAUGUGGAUGGUGGGACGGGACUGAUGUUCAUGAAGCAUCAUAUACCAUGUACCAUCUGAGCCGCAAUGGAGCCAAGUUCCAAAUGUUUGCACCAAACCAACAGCAGAUGCAUGUUGUGGACCACAUGAAGAGUCAGCCUAUGUCUGGAGAACAAAGGAAUGUCAUGAUAGAAUCUGCCCGUCUGGCCCGUGGAAAAAUGCAAGAUCUUUCUCGUCUGGAUGUCAACAGCUUUGAUGCUGUCAUUUUCCCUGGAGGCUAUGGAAUCACCAAAAACCUGUCAACAUUCAACAAUGAUGGAAAGGACUGCAAGAUCAACAACGAUGUGGAGCGAAUCAUGAAGGAAUUCCACCGUUCCCGCAAGCCUAUUGGAAUGUCAUCCAUGUCCCCAGUCUUGGCAUGUAGAGUUCUACCAAACCUGGAGAUUACCAUGGGUCAUGAGCGUGAUGAGAGCAGCCGUUGGGGUCGUUGGCCUUACACCAACAUGGUGCAAGCUGUGAAGAACAUGGGGGCACGCCAUAACAAUCGUGAGCCUUACGAGGUCUAUGUGGAUGAGAAGAAUAAGGUGAUCAGCACCCCAACUUUCAUGUGGGAGACAGACUACCACUACCACUACAUUUUUGACGGCAUUGGCAACAUGGUCAAGCAUGUAAUGCGCAUGUGUGGAAAAUAAAGCCCCCACCCCAGACACAGGGUGGGCAGGUCACUGGAGACUGGGGUUGUCCUGUGAGAAACCAGGAGAAGAGGAUCUGCAAAGAAACACAGAAAAAGGGGGGUGGGAAGGGAAGGGGGAGGAACAUUUCAGAAUGGACUUCAAAAUCCAAAACGUAAUUGAGGAUCACCUGCUGUGAAAUUGUAUUAAAUGGGGUCAGAGAAUUACAAAGUGCAGUUAAUUGGCUGUCUAAUGUGUAUGUUCAUUUAUUUAUUUGGGAAAUGGUGUUAAACUCAGGCCUUGAGCUAUAAUGCUUUUUGACAGUACUACGGGUGACAUUUUGAAAAUGGUGUCAAGCUGGUAGUGUUAAUGAAGCGGUCCAAGCAGAAAGAAGCAGCAAACAAAUUGCUUCUGAAGAUGUCUUUUACCACCCUGCCCGAGUCCCACUGUCAAUUCUGGAAUUCAUGACAUUGAAUGUUUAAUGUUGGAUCUCAAAUGAGCAAUUCUAGCUAGUGGUUGGAAAAUUGUUAAUUUCAUUGUAUAGCUGAAGACUUCAUCCUGGUCAGCCAGACCGCAAAAAAACAAGGAGAAAAAAAAUCCCCAUUAGCACUUCACAUAAAAUGAAACAUCCUUGUUGCCACACAAGUGAAAGUGAAGUGUGAAGACAAAACACAUAGACGGGGCACUGGACUCAACUUGUGGUAAUUGCUUCUGAAUUUAAUACAUUUCCACCUGAAAAUGAUGUUUUUUUGUGCAGCUCCUCCUCACAUUCUAUUCAGCAACUCAGUCUCACAACAAAGGUGCUUUAAUUAGUAGAGACCACAGUGUGAUUUAUAGAAAUGAUGAGUUACAGAUAUGCAGCAUUGUGUAGAAAAGACCAAAAAAUGAAAUAAAUCAUUUCAAAAAUUAA